AUGAAAAGAUGUUCCCAUGUCCUCAACACUGCUAAUGGGGUAGCUGUCGGUGAAGCAACCCUUCCAAUUUGGAAGGAGCAUUUCAAGAACUUGCUGAACCGGCUAGCACCGUCAGCUCCUGAACUCGAACACGUUCAUAGACCGAAAUAUGCGGUUAACGAGGAGCCACCGACCGAGUCGGAGGUCCUGGUCUGUAUUCGGAAAAUGAAGAAUGGAAAAUCUGGUGGAGACGACAGGAUUAGCUCAGAAAUGAUGAAGUAUCUUCCUCCGUCUGGGAUUCGUGAGAUGACAAAGAUCAUCCGUUCAAUAUGGAUAAACGAAAGGAUACCUGAUUCGUGGAGGCACGCUAUCAUAAUUCCCCUCCACAAAAAGUUAUCCGUCACGGACCCAAGGAAUUAUCGAGGAGUCUCUUUGCUGCGUGUUAUGUACAAGGUACUGGAGCGCAUUAUCCCGGACCGACUCAUUAAACAUCGCGAAGAAACAACGCGCGACGAGCAAGCUGGCUUCCGAGCGACGAUUGACCAGGUGUUCAUUGUCAGGAGAGUGAUCGAAAUCUGGCAGGGGUGUUCGAAGCCAAUGCAACUAGCGUUUCUGGACUUUGAAGCCGCGUUCGACUCUCCUCACCGAGGCCGUCUUCCCAACGCACUUCGCGCCGAUGGAGUACCAGGAAAGUUGUUCGCUUACUUGAUGACAUGA